CGGGGUAGCUGAGAGUGGCCCCCUGGUGGGGCCAUGGAGAGGCAGGGUUCUCUGGGAUCUGCAAGAGGCUUCAAUGGGGAAUCACCUGGAGUGGUUACCAGGGGAGUGACCGGAGGGGUCAGAGGACUCGAAGCAGACACCAGACUGCCCUCCGGAGUAGCUUCGCCUAACGGUUCUGAGCCCCCCUCGCACUCCGGGGGCAGUGUGGUUCGCAGUCCUGGUUCAAGUCGUCCCACGGAGCGGGUAGUGGCUCUCACUCCCGGGCUCAGUCAGCAUCCUGGGGAGGUUGCGGGCCACAGCGUUGAGUUCGGCCCAUCCCCUGAUGUAGUCAACAUUCCCUGCUCUGGAACCGGCCUACCCAGGACUUACUGUCCCGGGCCCGGGGGCUCCAGGGUGUACACAUCGGGGUGUGGUUCGCACUCUGGGUCAACUUGUUUGCACUCUGGUCCUUGUGAGGACCGGCCCCGGAGCAUCCUAAAAGACAGCAGCUCCAUCCUGAUGCAGAGAUCCCCCUGUGCGGAUAAGAAAAAGGCUCAGCGCUGGGAUGAGAUGAAUAUCCUGGCCACUUAUCAUCCUACUGAUAAGGACUAUGGCUUUAUGAAGGUGGAUGAACCCAGCACCCCCUACCAUAGGUUGCAGGACAGUGAUGAAGAUGUGUUGGCAGGGUCCUCUGUCAAGGUGACUCCUGAAGUGCUGGAAGAGAGGUUUGCAACAAUGGACAAUUUCCUCCCCAAGGUCCUCCAGUAUGGUGACAAUAGAAGCUCAGGAGCUGCAGACAACUUUUCCAAGACACACUCCAGUGAUUUUGACAAGCAUCGUAAGACACACUACACUGAAGGGAAGUUCCUCAAGGCUCAAAAAAACCUGCCCUUGGAGCAUGAGGAGGAUAGCAGUGGGGGUAGUGCCGGCGUCAGCAGUGGUGUUAGAGGUGUGGUGAUGGACCCAAAGCUCAGGCCUGUGGAGAGAGGCUGGGCAGGAGGACUAGCCAGAAGAGUCAAUGAUGAAACUGACAUGCUCAUCCCGAGGCCUGUCCUAGAUGUCAAGGAUUCCCCUGGCUGCAGAAAUCAGUUCCCCUCAGCUUCGACCCCCUUUCCAUUGGAGAAAAUCGAUCUGCAACGCAAGGAGUAUUAUACUCAGGGAAGAUACCUGAGGUCUGACUCCCACCCAGAACCUGAAGAGGACAUAGAAGAUGAGCAGCAGGACAGAACUACCAUGUCAUCAAAAGACAGAAAGUCUCCGGUGGCAUCCAGCUGGUGUCAGUGGCUGGAGGCCAAGAGGCAGAACUGCCGAAGCCCAGGGAGAUCAGAGAGGGAAUAUAGAAACAACCAGAACCCUCCAACCCAGAACGGGCGCAGAAGUGAGCCUGGGCAGAGGCAAGGAGAUGAAACCCUGCGGCUCCAAUGGACUCAGGAAGAAGAAACCAGACAAUGGAAAAUGUAA